GUUAGGGGGGGGAGAGAGAGAGGUGGGAAGAGAGAGAUGUCGCUGCUGCUUGCGCAACUAUUAGAACCUGCUGCGAAGCUAUACAAUGGUUACUACCCUAUGUAAACUUCGCUUAAAAUAAUUUUAUUAUAAUUUUUUUCUGAAAAAAUGGAAUAUCCACUGGUUUUCCUUUUUAAAAAUAAAUCAUCACGAUGAAGACAAGGAAUUCCUUUUGAAGCCUAAUAAGAGCUAAUAGUGACUUCUCAAAACAAUCACCCUGUCGUUUCCUCUCUCUCAAACUCCUUUGUUCAAAAUUGGGUUUCAAUUCAAAAACUUCGAAUUUUUUGGUCAAAUUCUGCCAUUUUGAGCGCAGAGAGAGAGCUGAAUUCAGUUUGUCUCGUUUUUUCUUUAUUUAUUUGAUUUGAUUUGGUUUGUUUUUUGAUUUGUUAUUGUAUUUUCGAUGAUUGAUUUGCUUGAUAAGUGUAAACAUGGCUGUGGUGAGUCGUGCCUGUUACGAUAACGCAACAAGCGAGUCCAUUGACGUUUGUGGAAUUAGAGUGGCAGGAAACAUGGAAAGUGGUAGCGAGAUUGUGGAAGAACCGGUUGCAAGAGUAAUUGAAGAUAAGAUCUUUGUAGCUGUGGGAAAAUCCGUGAAGGAAUGUAAAUCGAUGCUUCUUUGGGCUAUGCAGAAUUCAGGAGGCAAAAGAAUUUGCAUCAUUCAUGUUCACCAACCGUCGCAAAUGAUUCCGUUAAUGGGUACCAAAUUCCGGGCCAGUGCACUAAAAGAACAGGAAGUGAGGGCAUACUGGGAAGUUGAAAGGCAAGAGAUGCAUAAGAUGCUAGAUGAAUACCUUUUAAUCUGUCGAAAAAUGGGGGUUCGGGCUGAGAAGCUGUAUGUUGAAAUGGAGUCUAUUGAGAAGGGAAUUUUAGAACUCAUUUCUCUGCAUGGGAUCAGGAAGCUUGUUAUGGGAGCAGCAGCAGACAACCGCUAUUCAAAGAAGAUGAUGGACAUCAAGUCUAAGAAGGCCAUCUCUGUUUGCCGGCUAGCACCUGCUUCCUGUCACAUAUGGUUUAUUUGCAAGGGGAACCUUAUCCACACACGGGAAGGUGCUAUGGAUGGAACUGGUACGGAUGUUGGAUCUUCAUCACAGCAAACAAGUCCAAAUACUGAAGCUGGACAAUUAAGUCAUAUGAGAUCACAGUCUAUUGCCCUUGGCCAGAACCAUUUUGUGAAACUCACCAAUCCAGCUCAAGAUUUAGUCCGAAGGGUAAGAUCUAUGAAUGUUAAUGGACAUGGAGGAAGAUUAUCAACUCCUGCUUCACCAGAUGGGGGGCCAUCAACUCCAUCAAGCAGGUCAGAUGCAGAUGGUAGUUCUGAUGAAUAUGAUGUGUUGUCAAGGAGGAGUGCUUCCCAAAAUUCAGCUCUCUCGUCGUGCUCUUCCCAUGGAAUGGUCAAUGUUGCUUUGGUUCCAUUUGUAGAAACUGAAGAGAGUGAGACUGGUUCAGAGUUGUGCACACUGCCUCAGCACAAGGAGGAUCUUUGUCAGUCAUCCCCUCCCAGUGUACUGGAUGGUAGUACUGAGGAUCCUCUGUAUGAUCAACUUGAAAAAGCAAUGUCUGAUGCUGAAAAUUCAAGGCGUGAAGCAUUUGAAGAGGCAGUCAGGCGUGCAAAAGCAGAAAAAUACGCAUUUGAGGCCAUACGCAAGGCCAAAGCAUCAGAAAACUUGUAUACAGACGAGUCAAAACGAAGGAAAGAAGUUGAGGAAGAACUAGCAAAAGAAAAGGAAGAACUUGAAAGGAUAAAUAGAGAAUGUGAUGAAGUCACGGAAGAACUUCGCAUUGCUGAGGAUCAGAAAUCAUUUUUGGAGAAGCAAAUCAAAGAAUCUGAUCAGAUGGUAAAGGAGUUGGAGCAGAAAAUCAUCUCUGCCGUGGGACUUUUGCAAAAUUACAAGAAAGAACAGGAUGAACUACAGAAGGAGCGUGACAAUGCACUGAAAGAAGUCGAGGAGCUGAGGAGAAGUCAAACAGAGGCCUCAGGCACACACAUGUCUCAGUUCUUCUCUGAGUUCUCUUUCUCAGAAAUUGAGGAGGCAACUCAACAUUUUGAUCCAUCCCUUAAGAUUGGGGAAGGGGGGUAUGGUAGCAUUUAUAAAGGUGUGUUGCGCCAAACCCAGGUGGCUGUAAAGAUGCUGCACUCUAAUAGCUUGCAAGGUCCUGCAGAAUUUCAACAGGAGGUCGAUGUUUUGAGCAAGAUGAGACAUCCAAAUCUUAUCACUCUCAUUGGAGCAUGUCCAGAAGCUUGGACUCUUAUCUAUGAGUAUCUUCCCAAUGGAAGCCUUGAAGACCGACUGAGCUGCAGGGACAACAGUCCACCUUUAUCUUGGCAAACUCGAAUACGCAUUGCCGCUGAAUUAUGCUCGGUUCUCAUCUUUCUUCACUCUAGUAAACAACAGAGCAUUGUGCACGGUGACCUUAAGCCUGCUAACAUCCUCCUUGAUGAAAAUUUUGUCACUAAACUAAGUGACUUUGGAAUCUGUCGUCUACUUCAUCACAAGGAAGGUUCUAGCAACAACACAGCAAUAUGCAGAACUGACCCCAAAGGCACCUUUUCAUAUAUGGAUCCUGAAUUUCUCUCCACUGGAGAGCUAACUCCAAAGUCGGAUGUUUAUUCAUUUGGAGUUAUAUUGUUAAGAUUGUUAACUGCAAGACAGCCCUUGGGUAUUACAAAGGAGGUGCAAUGUGCAUUAGAUAAAGGAAACUUGAAAACCCUCUUGGAUCCUUUGGCAGGAGAUUGGCCAUUUGUGCAAGCUGAACAGUUGGCUCACUUGGCACUGAGGUGCUGUGAGAUGAGCAGAAAGAACCGGCCAGAUCUUUUAUCAGAGGUAUGGAGGGUACUUGAGCCAAUGAAGACUUCGUGUGGAGGCUCAUCAUUUUUCCAGCUUGGUUCGGAAGAGCAUUUCCAACCUCCUUCAUAUUUUAUAUGUCCCAUUUUCCAGGAAGUAAUGCGAGAUCCACAUGUAGCAGCUGAUGGUUAUACUUAUGAAGCAGAGGCCUUGAAAGGAUGGCUGGACAGUGGACAUGAUACUUCACCCAUGACCAACCUUAAGCUCGCACAUCGCGAUCUUAUCCCUAACCAUGCACUUCGCUCAGCAAUUCAGGAGUGGCUGCAACAGCUGUGAACAAUUUCGUAGUUCAAUACAUUGUUUAUAGUCGUUUCUUGAAAAGGAAAAGAAGUUUCAUUACAUUUUUUUUUUUAAUCUUUCUUUCCAAUCUUGCUUUGUUUGACAGAGGCAUGAUACGGUCCUCCUGUUGUAUAGAAGACAAUUGAAGGCAUACUUUACAUCCUGGUCUAUGAAAUGAAAACAGGACAGAUAAUUAUAUAAUUAUUUACACGAUAUGAAUCAGAAUCAACCUUGUGUCUCGAUCUUUUU